AUGCUUGUCAAUCUGUCAGGAAGUGGAUGUGGCGAUAAAGAGGAGAAACAGGAAGUGGAUUUGGGCAGCGGCGUCUGCAAGUGGUUCAAUGUGAGGUUGGGGUUCGGCUUCCUGGCCAUGAGCCGCCGGGACGGGGUCCCGCAGCAGGACGUGUUCGUGCAUCAGAGCAAACUGCACAUGGAGGGUUUCCGCAGCCUCAGAGAAGGAGAAGCUGUUGAUUUCACCUUCAAGAAAUCCUCCAGAGGUCUGGAGUCGGUGCGGGUCACCGGCCCAAAUGGAGCCCCGUGUCUGGGCAGCGAGAGGAGGCCGAAGAGGAGCCGGGGAUCCAGAGGGGACAGAUGCUAUAACUGUGGAGCCCUCGGCCAUCAUGCCAAACAGUGUCAGCUGCCUCCUCAGCCCAAAAGGUGCCACAUCUGUCAGAGGCUGAACCACAUGGUGUCCAGCUGUCCAAUCAGAGCGCAGCAACAUCAGUCCGCAGCUGAGGAAGAGGAGCACCACCCUCUUUAA